AUGAGAGAGGAAAUAGUCAAGAUUAAGGAGCAGUUGUUUGAGGCAGAUCCAUCUGAAGAAAAUAGAAUGGUCAUGCAGAGGGCACAAGCAGAACUUAAGCUGUAUCUUCAUUAUGAGGAGGAAUUCUGGAGGCAAAAAGCCAGGAUGGACUGUUUUUCUGAUGGUGAUAAGAAUACUAGAUAUUUCCAUAGUCUGGUAAAGGGAAGAAGGAAAAGAAUCCAGGUUAGGAGGAUUAAAGAUGAUGCUGGUAAUUGGCUUGAGGAUGUUGAUAGUGUUGCUGCUCAAGCUGUCAAUUUUUUCCAGAAGCAAUUUACUCAUGAAGAAGUUAGUGAAGAUUCACCAAUUUUUAAUCAUAUUCAAGAGCUGAUCAGAGAAGAGGAUAAUAUACUACUUACUGAACAACCUACUAUGGAGGAAGUACAGAAGGUUGUAUUUGAAUUAAAAGGGGAUAGUGCCUGUGGCCCUGAUGGAUUUUUUGGUAUAUUUUAUCAGAAGUGUUGGGAGGUGAUAAAGGCUGAUGUAUAUAGGAUGGUUAAAGCUUUCUUUGAAGGACAUACUCUCCCCAAGUCUAUCACUCACAUAAAUCUGGUUUUGCUGCCAAAUAAGACUGUUGUUGAGGUAUUUUCUGAUAUGAGACCUAUAAGUCUUGGCAACUUUAUCAAUAAGGUCAUUUCAAGAGUAGUUCAUGAUAGACUUGAUAAGUUGCUUACAAGGGUGAUCUCUCCAAACCAAUCUAGUUUUGUUAAGGGCAGAAAUAUAAUUGAGAAUGUGUUGUUGAGACAAGAAAUUGCUCAUGGUUUCUUUCACUCUACAAGGGGUGUCAAACAAGGGGAUCCACUCUGUCCUGCUCUUUUCAUUAUUGCUGCAGAAGUCCUCUCAAGGGCAAUAAAUUCUUUGUUUGAUCAGCCUGGAUUUAUGAUCAUGGAUACUUUUCAGGAAUAUAAGAAAGUAUCUAGACAGCUGAUAAACAAGAGCAAAAGUUCUUAUUAUAUGUUCAGCAAAGUAUCACAUGAAUUAAGUCAGCAGGUUGCAACAGUAACAGGAUUUGUGAGAGGUCAAUUUCCUUUUACAUAUCUUGGAGUACCAAUCACUCAUGCCAGGAAAAGGAAAGUGGAUUACACUGAAUUAUUGAAGAAAGUCAAAGACAGAUUACAAACCUGGAAAGACAAGUUGCUGUCUUAUGGAGGAAAAGCAGUGUUGAUUACAAGUGUCCUUCAAAGUAUUCCAAUUCAUGUUUUAUCUGCUAUAAGGCCUCCUAAAUGUGUUAUAAAGGAACUACACAGGAUAUUUUCCAGGUUCUUUUGGAAUAAUAAGGAGGAAGGAAGAUGCAGACACUGGGCAGCUUGGCUUAACAUGUGCUUUCCCAAACAUGAAGGAGGUUUGGGUUUCAGGUCUAUCAAUGACACAUCCAAAGCUUUAUGUGCUAAACUCUGGUGGAAGUUUAGAACCACUAGUUCUCUCUGGGCUAAUUUUAUGUGGAAUAAAUACUAUAAAAAACAAAUUCCUCAGGUGGUUCAAUGGAAGGAAGGGUCACAAGUCUGGAAGAUGAUAUUGGAAGCAAGGGAAAACAUAGAACAGGAGAUCUGGUGGGAGCCAAAGAUUGGAAGUUCAAACAUUUGGUUUGACAAUUGGACUAAGCUAGGAGCUCUUAGUUAUGUGGUUCCCCAGUCCUGGCAAAUCAAUGAGCAUGCUGAAGAUGUUUCUGAACUUAUGACAAAUGGAGGAUGGAAUGUCAGUAAACUCAUGCAGCUGUUCCCUGAAGAUAUUGUGCAACAUAUAAUACAGGAAAUUGACAUUACAUAUGCAUCAAAUGAAUGGGAUAGACCUUGGUGGAUGAUGACAAGUUCAGGCAAUUUUACAUUUAAAGUCCCAAUUAAUGAGGUGGUGGCAAGUAUUGUCAUUCCAUUAGUUUCAAAGUGUUGUUGCUGUCAUAAUGCUCAGAUGGAGACAAUAAAUCAUCUGUUUCUGUGUGGAGAUUUGGCUACAAAGAUUGUUCAGUUCUUUGAAGAAUAUAAGCCUACUGUUAUAUGCAAAAUUAUUAAAUGGGGGAGACCAGAAUCUGGUGUUUUCAACUGUAAUACUGAUGGAGCUGCUAAAGGAAAUCCAGGUCCAAGUUCUGCUGCUUUUUGUAUAAGAAAUGAUGAGGGAGAUUUUGUGUAUGCAGCUGCUAAAACUUUGACAGUUGGAACAAAUAUUAUGGCUGAGGCUGAGGCUAUUAGGAUGGGAAUGAGGUACUGUGUGGAAAAGCAGCUUUUUCCAUUGAUCAUAGAGACUGAUUCCAUGACCAUGAAGAUGAUUUUAAAGGCUAAAUGGAAGGUCCCUUGGAGCAUCCCAAUGCUGGUGGAUGAAAUCAAGAGAAUGAUGGAUGCUCAAACAGUAUCUGUGGAGCAUAUAUAUAGAGAAGGUCCAGUUCAGUUUCAUACUUUUCAAGAAUUGCCAAGUCAAGCUAAGAGAAUUCUAAAUAUGGAGAAAAGAGGAAUUCCAAACUUGAGAACAAGAACCAUUCAAGAUAAAGCACCAGACUGCCUUCAGAAUUGCAACUAUUACUGA